CCUCCAUUACCCAAAAAGAAACAGAGCUCUUUCUCCGAUCAUCCUCAUUUCUCCAUUGAAAAAAAGGACUUGAGGGGGAAAGGUUUAACUGUUUCUAGGGUUUCUUCAAUUCCAUUUUUUUCAUCAUUGGAGAAUGGAAUUUUCUCCUUUUCUCUCAUUGCUUCUUCAGAUUUUCGCCUGAAUUUUUAGAAACCUUAGACCCAAUUGCAAAAACUUCACCUUUUGUGUUCUCUAGCCUCAUUUUCUUAAAAAAAAAUUGAUUCGAUUCGUCAAUCUUGUUGCAUUACACAACAAUGCGGAUUCUUGUGAAUCUCCUUGUGUUUUCUCUGCUUCCUCUCGCGUUCUCCGAGGAAAACUCUAGCUCGUACCUCAUUCCACGACCAUUGAUCUUUAAGACCCAGCUCAAGACCAUCGACGACGAUGUCAAUCUACAUUGCACGAGCUGGAGAUUCGCGGCGGAGACGAACAAUCUCGCGCCUUGGAAAACGAUUCCUGCUGAAUGCGCCGACUACGUGAAGGAUUACCUUAUGGGUAAAGGUUACGUCUUUGAUGUCGAGAGAGUCUCCGAAGAGGCUAAGGUUUACGCCAGCACCUUCGAAUCUAACGGCGACGGGAAAGAUGUUUGGAUUUUCGAUAUUGAUGAGACCUUAUUGUCGAAUCUUCCUUAUUAUUUGGAACACGGUUGUGGGUUGGAAGUUUUUGAUCAUUCAAAGUUCGAUAAGUGGGUGGAGAGAGGAAUAGCACCUGCCAUAGCACCAAGCUUGAAACUUUACCAAAUGGUUAAAGAAAUGGGUUACAAAGUUAUCCUGCUGACAGGGCGUAGAGAGAACCACAGGGUUGUCACUGUCGAAAACUUGCGCAAUGCCGGCUUCCAUAACUGGGACAAGCUUAUUCUCAGAUCGUCGGAUGAUGACCACAAAACAGCGACCACAUACAAGUCUGAGAAGAGGGAUGAAAUGGUGAAAGAAGGGUACAGGAUCAGAGGCAAUUCAGGUGACCAGUGGAGUGAUUUGUUAGGUUCUGCAAUGUCAGAAAGAUCCUUCAAACUUCCAAAUCCAAUGUAUUAUAUUCCCUGAACUCUGAAGGGAAGAAAGUCUUUAACUUGAUUAAUCAGAGGCAAUUCAGGUGACCAGUUGGAGCAACCUACUGUUUUUAAAGUUUUGGUUGUCAUGUAAUCACUUGCUAAUGUCAAUGUAGUACUGUCUGCAUCAGUUUGUGUGUAAACUUUUAGCUGGAAAGCAUUUUAAGACUAAGAGUGGAAAAUCCCUUUUAUUAUCGCUCAACUAUAAUAGAAUGAAGAACACAUCAUUCAAAUCCUAUCAAUCUAUGAAGUUUGAAUUACAAGGAGUCUCUGCACUGCACAUACAAUUGAUGAUGACUGAUGCAUGAAGUGAUAAGAUGACCUCUAUAAAAUACCAGAAUAGAAAAAAGAAAGAACAUUAAUUUCACAAAACAAGACCUUUACCAUAAUAUAGACGUCUGCACUUACAAACAAACCAAAGAAAGUACAACAUGUAAUGUAACGUUCACAAAUUACAAUAAGA